GGAGCCCAGCGGUACCUCUCUACCUCUCCCACGACUCUGACUCUGAGGCUGGGUGGCAGACGCAGGGCGUCCGCCAGAGAAGGAGUGACAGACGUGAACAAACACACACAGCCGGCACGAUGACCUCCAAACAAGACGACGGCGGCUGGAAGAAGUUCCUGUGGAACUCGGAGACGGGGGAGCUGCUGGGGCGGACCGGGGCAAGUUGGUUCAAAAUUACACUCUUCUACAUCAUUUUCUACGGCUGCCUGGCAGGGGUCUUCGUCGGUACCAUCCAGGCCAUGUUGCAGACCCUGAGUCCGUUCAAGCCCACCUGGCAGGAUAGAGUUGCACCUCCUGGCCUCUCACACACCCCAGUUGCAGAGAAAGCUGAGGUGUUCUUCAGCAAAAGUGAUGUGGACACGUUCAACGCUUACACUAAGGCCAUGAAGAGCUUCAUUAAGCAAUACGACGAUGAGCAUCAGUCUGACAACCUGAAGUUUGAGGACUGUGGAGACCAGCCUGGAGAAUACAAGAACCGAGGCGACCUGGAGAUCGACAUGGGUGUCAGGAAGGCUUGCCGGUUCCCCAGGACUCUGCUGGGUCCCUGCUCUGGCCUUGAAGAUGAAUAUUUUGGUUUCAAAGAGGGAAAGCCGUGUCUGAUUGUGAAGCUCAACAGGAUUGUCAACUUCCUCCCCAAGCCUCCCAAAAACAAUGAAAGCAUUCCUGAAGAAGCUCAGCCCAAAGUCCAGCCCUACGUCAUCCCUCUCUACUGCACCAGCAAGAAAGAGGAAGACGCGGGCAAAAUCGGUGAGAUCAAGUACUACGGAAUAGGCGAGGGCUUCCCUCUGCAGUAUUACCCCUACUACGGCAAGCGGCUGCACCCCCACUACCUGCAGCCCCUCGUGGCGCUGCAGUUCACCAACCUCACCCUGAACACUGAACUGCGCAUCGAGUGCAAGGUGUUUGGCGAAAACAUCGACUACAACGAGAAGGACCGCUACCAGGGACGCUUUGAAGUCAAGAUCCAGGUCACCUCAUGACCAUCAGGACUCUAGCAACCCCCCCCCCCCCCAUGUCCCUUUUUAAAUGGUAACGCACACAUGAUGGGAUGGGUUGAGUCACUCAUGACUAGUCUUAAACCAAUGAAAGGAAACGCUUGUUGGGGGUGUUGCAUAAUCAGCCUUCAUCACUAGCUUCUGCACCUCUUUCUAGCCUUAGACUUAAAUUUAGAGAGAAUUAGCAAUAAAGAUAUAGUUAUUCCAAUGUAAACAAGUUUCCCCGAAGCCAUGGGACAUCACUCAUUGCUGACAAGUGUAAUUCCAUCCGUCUGUCCCCUCUACAUAUCGUUGCCUUGUGGUGGUUUUGGAGAGAGCAGGCCUUGCAGAAUCUGGUCCCUCUAAAAAACACUUUUCCUUCCACCUUUUUCAUGCAUCUGCAAGCUUUAGCAGUUCUGGGUGUGUCUGAAACCAAAGCACACUUCCUUUAACUCAAUGAAUGAAAUGGUUGCUUCACUCUUCUGGUCUGUAUAAGGAAAGCUACACUCCAAGGAACUUCUCCCUUUCCUCUUUUUGUAUCUUUUACUUCUGAUCAUGAGACGCUUUAUUUUCUGUGACUGGGUUUUACUGCUGGGUUUUAUGCCUUAUUUUUUAUUUUAUUUUUUUUUGCCUUGAAGGUAGACUUGUGUGUCCAGCCUGUUAGACACUUUAGCCUGCAGUUGAGGCAAUGGUGCUGACUUGUUUUUAACAUUUCUCCUCGUUCUUUUUGUUCUGCUGGAUUUCUCACAGCAUCGUGGCGUAACUCUGAAUGUGUGAGCCAUUUAAACAUGGUGGAAGAAUUUUAUAUUUAUGCAGAUGUAAAUUUUGUUUCUCGGCAGAAUAUUUUAAAUGUAUAAUGGCAAUACCAAAGCAAGCGAGUGAGUGGGAGUGAGUUGAAGAAGCAAUGUAGUACUCAUUUGUAGAGGGUCAUCAUGUUAAGUGCUAAAGUCCAUGUCUUGCCUUGCAACCUUUCAAUGGUUAACUUAUGAUUCAUCUUAAGGCCAUGAAUGUAGUUGGAAGUAGACUGAACUAGUAGCAGGCAGAACUCCAUGCAAGUCAGGAAAGAAAAUCUAACUCUGCCUAAAGCUGGUAGCCUAAAUAUUCAAUAGGAUCUCAUGUUGAUGUAAAAUGCUCAACCUGAUGUUUAGCAAACCUUUCAUCAGUUCACCCACCUUUGUUUCUUCAGAGUUGGAGAUAAAUAAAGUUUAGUGAACCUUU